CCAUUGAUUAAGUGCUUAAUGUUACGUUACAAAUUAAAGCAGUCGACUUUUAGUUAGGAAAGUCUCGCCGAGAAAAUGCAGCUCGUCGCUUUUCUCUUCAUAAGCUUCUUAGGGCUUGCUUUCGCGGACAGAACAGGAGUAAUCAAGGGGAAAAUUCUUAUACCGCCGGUCCUGAACCCCUCGAGCGCAACGGUUAUCCUGCAUACCUCCCUCGGGGAGGAGAUUAAGACUUUCGUAGACAGCGAUGGCUCGUUUGCCUUCCAUGGCGUGCCACAAGGCGUGCACCUGCUGCAGCCUUUCCACGUCAACCUGCUCUUCCCCGAGAUCCGAUUGGAUGUGAACCGCAAGGGGCUGCUGACGCGCGCCUCCCUCAGCCACAACCGCAACAUGGUGCUCCAGAGCCCGCUGGUGAUCCGGCCCGCCGCGGAGACGCAGUACUACGAGAAACGCAAGCCCUUCGACGUGUGGAGCUUUGUGAAGAGCCCGUACGGCCUGAUGAUGGUCAUCUCCGUCUUCGCCAUCGUGGUGUUCCCGCGCAUGAAGAUGGACCCGGAGGACUACAAGGAGCUCCAGGAGCAGAUGCGGCAGGGGCAGGGCGGGCAGGCGCAGGUGGAGGGCGGCCGGCAGCAGGGAGCGGCGAGGCUGCGGGACCGGUAGACCGGUGGGGAGCUGGGCAGGUGGAGGGUGUGUGCUGGGGUAGAGGAGGCGGGAGGUUGGGUUGGUCGCCGCGUUUGAAGGAUGCAUCGGAUGGGUUGGCCUUGGGGAAGGUUGGAAGGUUUAAUCGUCGUGUUGGUGGUGGUGGGGCUUGCAAGCCAGGUCUCGGAUUGAUGGUCCUCUGCGGGUGAGAGGGUUGGCGAAGUGAUGGGAGUUUGCCAAGUGGCGAGGUGGGGACGGGGUCGGGAGGUGUUGUUCGUGUUUCGGUAAAUGGACGUGCUUGAACGAUGUCAGCAAGCCCCUCCUAAGGCAAGGAGGCUCGGGGCAUUAUGUUCUUUCGUGACCCCUGCGGACGAGCAUGUGCCUAGCUGUAAGCUCCGUGGGCCCCGGGUGGUGUCAGGAGGUUACUCUGAUGCCACACUCUACGCCAGUAAGACGUGCUGAGUAUCUGGAAGGCAUCAUUGUUGGGUGUGAACCGUUGGCGAAGCUUGGGGAAAAUGCACUUCUGUGGUGCUGGGUUGGCGCAAGCGAUUGCAAAGUAUGGUUGGCGGUAUGGGUGGCAAUGUCUUCCGGGGUUAAGGCUCCUGGGGCUCGUUAGCCUAUCUGUGCACCAGCUUGCCUGUUAACCGCCGAUCUGUACCAGCUUUUCACAGAUCUGGAAGUAUCUGCACGUCACUAACCGGCACCGCAUCUCCAAAAGCUGCCGGGGACCAUAGCCCGAGCCGCUUCAGUGCGACAUGGAUGAACGAGCAUGGACCUCCUUAGGUGCCUGUGCUGGUACGGACUGCCGCAGGGGGAGGCAGGGUGUUGCGUGGCUGUUGCUGCAGCCACCAUACCUUUGUGUCGUACAACUCUCCAGUUGGCACUCCAGCCAGCCGAUGCGGCUUAACUGCAGGUUGGCAAGUGGCUGUCGGCAUUGAGAUGUUUUCGUAACAUGACUUGACGGAUCGACAAACCAAGCAUCUACCACAGACAGCUGUCUUCGCCAAUAGUCGCUGGUUUUCUGGCUUAAGCCGUUGAUGUCUUGCAAGAAGAUUUUCCGAGCGCUGUCAGAUUGCCAGCGCAAGCACCCUCGUGAUCACGAGCUUGUUUGUCAACACCUAACAAGCAAGGCAGGCUGGUGCUUAUUUUCUGGUAUCUGUCCUAAAGAAGUGGCCGAUCUUGAGGAUUGCGUGGGGACAACAAACGCCACCCGAAUUGGGGCGUACUACCCACCGAGGUGCGAACCUAGAGCGCAAUUGCUGGCGGGUUGCAUCGAGGGAUAUCGCUUAGCAGCGGAGCGUCGGACAAACGAGUGCCCCAGCAAGGGCCGGAAGCAGGCAGAGGUGAAGCAGCAGGAUUCCGGGGAGCCUCGAGCCUAGCAACCCCAAACCAGGUUGCCUGCUUGCUAGGCCCGAACAUCCUCUGCUCUGCACAGCAGACAGCAGCACAGCAGCAGACCAGUUCAGUCCGCUGCGCCCGUUGCACGCACAGCCGGUACCACACAUGGCCCCUGUGAC